UUGUUAUGAUUUGUGAAAGUUUGGUUAAAUCAUAUUUAUAUGCAUAUGCUAUAUGGGGAUAAGGAAUAUAGUACAAUAGUUGUUGAUAGUAGAGUUUAAUAGAGCAAGCAGCAAAGAUGCCGACUGUGAUAUUAUUGGAUGUGUCGCUUUCGAUGUUGAGGCCAUUAAAAUUGGCAGACAAUAGUGAAAUCACAAGAAAACAGCUAGCCGUUCACGGUAUUCAUAUGUUUCUUGAUCAUCUCAGUGUACAUUCAAAACUGGAAUUCAUCUCACUGGUAACAUUUUCGUCUAUAUACGAGGAAAAGUGCUCAUUCACAAGGGACUACAAUGUUAUUAAAUCAGAACUAAAGUCUAUCGACGAUUACGACAAAACCUGCAUUGAAAUCGCGUUCAAUGGAAUCAAUCAAAUUGUGCUGAACGAGUGGGGCAACAAUACUGCGUGUCAAGUCAUAUUGGUGACGGAUGGAAGUUCUGGCAUAGGUCCUGGAUCUUUGAAGGAUUCUUUGAGCACAAUAAAUCAACGUGGCGCUGCGAAUCCAUUUCCCGUUCCGUUCGCGUUCCCAACUAAAUUGCACGUCGUUUGCAUUGCACCUCCAAAUGAUAUUUCAUUGAUUAAAUCUAAACCUCUGUAUCAGAAGUUGAUCGACAUCAGCGGAUAUGAGGGAUCAAUUAAUAUACCGGACGGCCAGUUGAACGAGCAGAGCGUCCAGACGAUAUUCCAGAAACUCGCCGACGAGAUGUACGCCUCGUUCAAAGGUUCUUUGAAAUGCGGCCAUUUGGAGUCAUCGAUAUACUUGACGCCGGCACCAAUUCCAUACACAAAAGUCACCGAUUUCGAAGUGAAUACCUCAACCGUAUCAAACGUCAUAGAAGUAUGCGGUUUCAUCUCUGUUGGAGAUAUAGGAUCGCCGAUGGCCGUCAGCAGACAUCUCAUUCUUCCUGCCGGAUCUCCUAAAGAUAAACUGAACAACUCUGGAGAGAUGUCCGUAGAUUACGAGAGCGACAAUAGCGACGACGAUAAGGCGCCCUCGUUCUGCGUCCUCUUUCACGGCGCUCUGAAAGUCGAGAAUAUGGCGGCGCUCGUCUCCGUCGCCGACAAUUGGUUCGGUUUCAUCUACUCGUGGGCGGACUCCAAGAAGAAAUCCAAUCUGAUGUUGACCCUACUCGUGCCUGGAUCGGACAGCGUUCCGUGGUUGGGCGAUCUCAACAAUUUGCAUUCGCUGGACGGCGUCCCCUGCGAUUCCGUUCUUAACUUCCCGCUGAAGUCGUCGGAGAAGAGGAGUUAUUCACAGAAUAGUGUCGUCUGGAUUCGACAAGCCGGUUUGCAGUCCGACAUUCAGAAGAUCCUAAGACAUGCGAAAAAAUUGCCAGAAAAAACGCAACAGUUCUACAAGGAGUUGAAUCGGUUGAGGAAGGCUGCGAUACAAUUGGGUUUUAUGGACCUGCUGACCGGUCUCGCGUUCAUCUUCGAGCAGGAAUGCACGCAGCUUCCAGGAAGCGCCCAUCCGGAUUGCGCGCUGCAACUGACGCACGCGGCCGACGCACUCCGUAAACCGCCGAACAUCAAGCACGUCAUCGUGCCGAUGCAAACGAACUACACCGGCUCUAACCAAUGACCCGACAAUGAUGAUGACGAUGACGUGCGAUGGGAACAGUUGAAGCGAGGAACGUGACGUUUGCAGGAUAAUAAGGAUUUAAAUGAUCAUCAAUUAUUUUUUGGUAUAUCCUUUAUUAUUUCUAUGCAAAGAAUACAAUUUUUCUGUUUGUCUAAAGUUCAUAACUGGGGGGGGGGAAGUUGGUGAGGAUUGGUUGAUCUAGUGAUACAGUUUGCCCAGACUGAACGAAAGUCUCGGUAUACAAA